AUGCGCGAAGGCGUACAACAUCCUGAAUACAUUAUUCGCGACCAGUUCUCGCUUCCCGCGGUCGUGACUCGCACUACACCGGUGACAACGAAGUUGAACGCCAUCGGCGAGGGCGGGACCAAGCGCCGGUCGCUCUCGCUCGAGAGCCGCAAGACGAACGCCAUCGAGUCCGCGUGGAGCAUCGCUUCACAACUGCUAGUAUCACUUUGGCCUCAGCUAUAG